AUGGCCACUUGGAAUCAUGAAAACUCGGCGAUGUCGAGUUCACCUUCGCAGCCUCGAACAGAUCACUUUUCGAAGAUGGUGGCUCGCUCGAACUCGGCAGUGACGAACUCGAAGUCCACGGCGACGAAGCUACGCCGCCACGUGAAGUCGGAGCCUGUCUCGUCGAGCAAGCUUAUUCAGGAAAACGCGAACAACGAGCAAAUCCAGACUUUAUAUCCAAAGAGGCCCAAUUAUUUGCCAAUUCGAUUUCAAAAAAGUCAAAUCGCUCCUGGUGCGACGGACGUGCGCGAUCUCCCAGGAGGGCGUCGUUUUACGCCAGUCAAUGUCUCCUCCUCCUCCUCGACGAUGUCUCACAUGACGCCCAACACUCCCAGUAGCAUUUAUUCGCCACACAUGUCUACCUACACCCCAAAGUACUCCUCCAGCAACGGGCUUCAUCCUCCUCCUGGAUCAUCGCCCUCCGCCAACUUGCAUACGACGACGCUGUUCUUAGAAGAAGAAAACCGCCAGCUGAGGGCGACAGUCAACACGCUCAAAGAAAAUGCUCGAAAAGUGGAAUUCCUCCAGCAGUCAUUAGACCACGUCCAGGGCGAAUUCGUGAAACUCAGUGAACUCUGUGCGCGCAAAUCACAAAUUGACGAAAAACGAAUUGAAACUUUGGAGGCAGCACUCAAACAGAUGACCUUGAACUAUCAACACUCGAAGCAGCAGCUUUCGAAGCAACAAAGUGGAAAGCAUCAAAGUAGCUCUGCUCACAAAUCUCCAGGAGUGUCGGAAAAUGAUCUUCGGGCCUCACCAGUGACUGGACUCAGAUCCUCGCAAACAGACCUCGAAGAUCAUGCCCGACUUGGCCAAAAUUCGUCAAAGGGAGAGAUGCAGAGCGCGCUAAAUUCGUUCAAUUUCCUUCUACGCGCGCUGAGCGAAAAAGACGACGAAAUCUCUAACUUGAAGAAGCGAAUUCGAAACACUCAUCAGUUCGGAUCAGACCGCUCACUGGACACAACUGGUGGCUUCGCUACUCCGACUUACGAGUAUCCCCGCGUACCGGGACAUCAACAACAGAUGAACGCGAACAGGCCUCCCACGUACGAUGUAGAGUAUUUAUUGUAUGGGAACAACAAGAACGGAGCGCAAAUGGCACCUGAGCCGCCUAAAGUACUGACGCCUCCCUACGAGUUCGAAUCAAUUUCAAAAACACCUCAUUCCAACAUUACAACGCAGCCAAAACCAGAAGUUCUCGGACUUCAGUCGAUAUAA